AUGGCAGCACGUGGUGAUGGGAUUCGAAACGCAGUGAACUUCGUUUUAGCGGUCAUCUUAUUUUGCAGUUUGAUUGGAAGAAGUACCCAAACUUGCCUUAAUGGAGGAGUUUUACUGAAGUCCGGUCUGGAACCGUCCGAUAAGUAUGAUAUAUUAGAGGAGCACAACAAAUUGCGACAGGCUGUGGCACAAGGACUCGUACCUGGACAACCGAGUGCGGAAAAUAUGCUGGAAAUGCAAUGGGACGACGAGCUGGCUUCCAAGGCACAGGAUUGGGCUAACCGUUGUGUGUUCAAGCACGAUCCGAAAAAAAGACUAGGACGUUUUACGAUGGGACAAAAUUUGGCGGUCAUUUGGAGUAGUGCCUCACUGGAAAAUGACCAAGAUAGUGCUUUUUCCGGUCGCAUACGAAAAUGGUUCGAUGAAGUUAAAAAGUACUCCUUCGGUGCAAGAUUUUCCUUAGCAACUGGGCACUAUAUGCAGCUUGUAUGGGCGGAAAGCUUUCUGGUAGGAUGUGGAUAUACUUAUUACUAUUCCUCAAACAAAUACAAUAAAUUGUAUGUUUGCAACUACGGACCAGGCGGCAACAUUCAAGGUCAACAGCCGUAUAUCAUCGGACGUCCGUCUUGUGAUCACCAUGGUCUGCAAAAAUCCCACAAAUAUCCUAGCCUUUGCAUGCCGGCUGGAACAGAUCCGUAUCAUCACGAUAAUGCAAUUCCACAAAAUUAUUAUUCUUAUCAAACAUCAUCUAGCAAUCAUGAAAACCAACACUACACAGCGGCGUCAGCUCCUAUGGCAGUGUACACAGCCGUCGGCUUGAGUCAUCUUUCACAUGACGGUCAUAUCCUGUACAAUCUGGUAUUUGAUCAGCACAAACAACAGCAGUAUCAUUAUCAUCCUACUGGACAGCAGACAACGCAACAGCAAGCAUAUCAUCACCUAUCAAACCCAUUGACACCGAUUGCAACAACCGCCACUGCAGCUCUUUUGAAGCCGGCUAGCGAUGCACUUAAAUCACCCUUCCUAACGUACCGGUGGGAUUUGCUGUUCAAUUUUCUGCACUGAAAGUUAAGAUUAUGCUAUAUGAAUUGAGACAUGUACAGAGCUUUUUCCCACCGAGGACUGCUUGAGUGUUGCUGCUGCUGCUCAACCUACUAUGCUAUGGACGCUUUGAAAAGAUGAAAGCUGUACAACUUUCUGUAACAAACUAGUCUUAUGUACGGUAAGCUCCGUGCAAAAUAUAUAGAGGAUUGCAGUGUAAAAUGCACCCACUAGAUCUAUAACGAACGGAAAUUAUAUAGUGAGAGUCAAGGCCGCAUACAUCAUACCGUUGUGCUCCAAUUCUGCACAUUCUAUUCCAAUAUACAGAAGCCGGAGAUAAACAAACAAAGUUGAGCAAAAGACCAACAAACAGACAGAACAAAAUACUGUCAAGUGCUAAACCUCAUACUUAUUGCAGUGUUGUGGCGGUAAGCAGUGACAAAGGAUUAUCUCUUUCCCUCCAGUUUCCCGGAGAACGAUCGGCGCCACAAGCUGCUUUCUAUGUUUCCACUGCGGCAGGAUCCAAAACGAAACGCUCCACAGUCAGCAAUGGCUUAUUUUUCUUUCCAAAGCUGGGGGAAAAGGCGGAAAUAAUAAUUAGACCGAGAGCUAGGAAAAUGCUCGCUCUCUUGUUUCUAAUUCAGUAAGAUACGACUGUUACACAGCGGGGAUCGUACAGACGGGGUUUAAUCCCAAAUCUAGCAUAGUGCGAUGGGCGGACAUUAAACCACACAACUGCAUUACAAUGUGCACAUCCCCGGAAUUACUGAAGUAGAUCUCUAUUCCAACAGACGGCGAGACAAUUUUAAUCAUAAAAUUUAGUUUUCCUUCAUGUACAUAAUAUACGUAAGCGUUUUACCUAAUUUAAU